CCACGCUCGGUCUAGAGUCUAGACUGUACCUGUAGAGUUCUCUCGGGUGCUUUGAUUCGGAUUUCUCUCUGUUAUAUCUGUUUAGAGUUUUGAGGAUAAGGAUUGUUUCAAUUUAACAAAAUAUUCGAAAGUAUUUGAGUGAGACAAAGGUUUAGAGCAAACUGCUUGUAAUUGUUUAAAACUUGAGCUAACAAUGUCAAGAAAGAUGGUACUUGGUCAAAAGAAUAGCAGCCAAUCUACGAUAGUGGGAUUUUUGGCAAAGACAACGAAGAAAAAUGUUAUUCCGCGGACUAGUACGCCAAAGUCAGUGGAGACAGAAGAAGAAGCUGAUUCAAAUGUGGAUUCAAAUGAACUAUCGAGUACGUUGUGCUUUAAUCAAGAAAAGAGGAUAGCUGGAGACUCAAUAACGAUAGACACAAUAAUAAAUCUUGAUAAUUCAGACACUUCAGACUUGAGCAAAAGUCCGCUUAAAACACGACCAAGUGCAAUGGAAUCGUAUCGUGUUAAAAAUUCAAUAGCGAAGGAAGAGAGAACUGAAAAAGAAUCUGGAUGUUCAAAUGUAUUGCAAAAGAAUAGCGAUUACAUGAAAACUUGUGUUAUCUCCGAGUCUUCUGACAGCGAGCAGGAAGACAAGAAGGACAUUAGAAGACGCUUACGUUUAAAUCAAUAUCCAAAUAGAACGGAAAUGGAAGAAGAUGAUGAGAAGAUGCGAGUUGUUGUUUCACAAAAUGAUCAUUAUGCUAAAUGCAGCAGUCAACAUUCCUCUUCUACUAGUAGUACAACAUUAUUGGUGGGAAAUAAAGAAAUACUUAACGACGACAAUGACAUUAUGUCUAAAGAUGAAGAUGAGCGUUUAUGGACUCUUAAAAAAUACAAUAUAAUAUCCAAUAAACAAGGGAAAGAUACUAUAAUUUCAGAUUCUGAUACCGAUAGUCCUAGCCCAAAGUUUAACGGCAAGAGAUUGCCGAGAAAAAAUUGGGAUGGCCCUGACAUUCGAUUAAAUCUGAAAGAUUUAGGCUUGAACAAAGAAUUAGGUUCAUGGAUUGACGUUAUUCAACAGAAACCAGUAAUGUCCACAAUACCUGUUACCAAGGAUAAAUUGCUUAAAAGACGCGAAGAUUUAAAGGAACUUGAAAUUGAAAUUCUUGACAAAUUUUUUAGCGCACUCGAGUUAAUCCCAUUACCAAUACUGGAACAAUUUCCAAAAUUUGACCCAGUCUCUUUCAAAAAGUUGCAAGGUCUGCGUCGACAUAUAAAAGCUAAAUUACGUUUAGUACAAACAAAAUUAUCAAAAUUACAAAAGGAAGAUGAAAAUAAUAUGUAUGAGUUUCCGGAGACAGCUGGGUCUGCAUCGUCAAAAUCACGUGAAACACCACGUUCAUGCAUGUCUGAGACUCGCUCGAUAAAUGACCAUGACACGUUUGACACAUCAUGUACCUCGGUAUCCAAAUGUACUCGUGCACCCUUUCGUCAAGGCUCGGCAAGCGUAACGGAAUCGUAUAUAAAUGCAAAGGAGCACGCGAACGGCAUGGAACCUAUGGCAGCAGUUAAGCCACCUGAAACUACAGUUUCAAAUAAGAAGAGUACUUUUCAAUUGAAAAGACCUAUCAAAACGGUAUUAGGCAGUGACGUUUCUAAAACAAUAGCAGACAUGUGGGACCAACAAAUGUCAUCUAAGACAAUGAAUUCUUCAGUGGAUUCCGAUUGUGCUUUCGUAAAGGACAUAUUUAACGAUAGUAUUAAAACGCCGUCAAGUAAUGAAAAAAAUAUGCAAGGAAAUGUCGUCUUGGACAGUCCGGAUAGCCCAGGCACCUGUCAAAGAUUUACUGCAAAAGUUGAAACCUCUCUCUCGAUACAAGAUUUGGAACAAUUCCCAGCUUUAGGAGAAGAUUGUAAUAUAAAUAUAAGUGACGAUUUUACAGAGUGGCCACAGAGUAGCAUGGCACAGAAUAGGACGUACAACGAUGAUGAAGUAAAAUCAAAAAUCGAAAAAGAUAGCGUAGAAUAUGGAAAAUUUACCGGCAAUUAUAAAAACGAUGGUGUCAGUGGAGAAUUUGAUGGUUUAACAUAUUCACAUUCGCAAGAAAUGUUAAAGAUAUUUCGGCAGAGAUUCGGUUUAUAUACGUUUAGGCCAAAUCAGUUGCAAGCUAUUAACGCAACACUUUUGGGAUUUGAUUGUUUCGUUUUAAUGCCGACCGGAGGUGGAAAGUCCCUUUGUUAUCAAUUGCCUGCCCUUUUAAGUAUCGGAUUAACAGUUGUUAUCUCACCAUUGAAGAGUCUUAUUUUAGACCAAGUUCAAAAACUUACCUCACUCGAUAUUCCUGCGACUCAUUUAUCCGGCUCUAUAACAGAUAAUCAAGAAACUGCGAUAUAUAGGGAACUUUCCAAAAAAGAACCUGCUCUCAAAAUAUUAUACGUAACACCAGAGAAAAUCUCUGCGUCGCAAAAAUUCUGUAAUACUCUGACUAUUUUAUACGAGAGAGAAUUGUUGGGAAGAUUUGUUAUUGACGAAGCUCACUGCGUUAGUCAAUGGGGUCACGAUUUUAGACCAGAUUAUAAAAGGUUAAGAUGUCUCAGAGACAACUAUCCCAAAGUGCCAACAAUGGCUUUAACUGCAACAGCUACGCCGCGUGUUAGAACAGAUAUUUUGCAUCAAUUGGGUAUGACUACGCCAAAGUGGUUUAUGUCGAGUUUCAAUAGACCUAAUUUAAGAUACAGCAUAAUAUCGAAGAAAGGAAAAAAUUGUUCCGAUGAAGUUGUGGCUAUGAUAAUGACAAAAUUUAAAAACACUUGUGGCAUCGUGUACUGUUUAUCGCGCAAGGAUUGUGACGAUUAUGCUGCGCAUUUGAAGAAAAACGGCAUUAAAGCGUUGAGUUAUCAUGCAGGACUCCCAGAUGGUCAAAGAAUUAACUAUCAAGGAAAAUGGAUUGCCGAUGAAGUACAUGUUAUAUGUGCGACUAUAGCCUUUGGAAUGGGCAUUGAUAAACCAAACGUGCGCUUUGUGAUACAUGCAGCCUUACCAAAGUCUAUAGAAGGCUAUUAUCAGGAAAGCGGUCGCGCUGGUCGUGAUGGUGAGAUAGCAGAUUGCAUUUUAUUUUAUCAUUAUGCAGACAUGCACAGAAUCAGAAAAAUGAUUGAACUGGAUAAUCCAAAUCCACAAGUUAUCAGUACCCACAUGGAUAAUUUGUUUAAAAUGGUAGCAUUCUGUGAAAAUACUACAGAUUGCCGUAGAUCGCUACAGCUUAAUUAUUUUGGAGAAAUAUUUGAUAGGCAACAAUGUAUCGCGAAUAAAAUAACUGCGUGUGAUAAUUGCAGAUGCAAGGACGAGAUUACAAUGUUGGACGUUACUGAAGAUGCGAGAGAGAUUAUGAAAGCUGUAAGAGAUAUUAACAAUAGGAAGACGUGCAAGCUUACACUAGUAUUCUUGACAGAUAUUUUUAAGGGCAGUGAUCUGAAAAAGAUUAGAGAAUCAGGUCUUACGAAACAUCCUUUAUAUGGUCGCGGUAAAUCAUGGAACAGAAGUGACAUAGAACGCCUUAUGCACUAUAUGGUAUUGCAAGAAUAUUUGCAAGAAAACAUGUAUAUUAAUCAUGAGAUUGCUUGCGCAUAUGUAAAAAUUGGACCGAGAGCGACGGAACUUUUGACAAAAAAAGAUGUAAAGGUACAAAUUCCAACGAGACAAUCGAAUAAAUCUACGAGUGGUGUAGCUACAGUUUCAACAGUUACGAAGAAACUUGAUGGCAUUGUAAAAGAAUUGCAAGAUCGUUGCUAUGCCGAAUUGAUGACAAUAAUAAGGGAAAUCGCUAGUACAUUGGAUGUUUCUGCUUCUUCCAUUAUGAACAUGGUAGCUGUCAGAGCUAUGAGCCAGCGUUUACCAGAAACCGAAGAAGCCAUGUUACAAAUACCACACGUUACUAAGGCUAACUUUGUUAAAUAUGGCAAAGCUCUUUUAAACAUUACGCAGAAAUACGCGGCAGAAAGAACAGUACUGUUAAAUGAGAACGAUGAAGAACAGAACAGCGAUGAUGACGAUAAUACUUGGGAUGACAAUACGUCCACCUACUCUUGCACCAGUAGUGGUACUAGCACGCGCGGCAAGAAACGAAAGAUUGGCACGAGAUCUAACAGUACUAAUAAAAAGUAUAAACGGGGUGGCUCAAGUGCGCGGAGAGGAAGAGGUUCGUCGAAAAGCUCAUCGAGAGGUUCAACAAAAUUAAACACUACGAAAAAGGUAGUAGGACUUGCGAGUUUCAGUCAAACAAAACAAUAUCUCGCAAAUCCCAACAGAUACAUGAACAUUACCUAAUCGAUUUUUUUCCGUUUAUUAUAAAUUAUUACGGCGUUUGCGAUAGUGCGCACAGAUACGAUCCCUUUUGGGCGCUAUCCGAAAUGGCUCUCUGUAUGGCGUUUUAGUCAUUAUAUUG